UGUCUCCUGGCUCAAUUUUCCCAUGCCCAUCCUCAAAACCCAACCCAACCAACUUGAGCGCGCGACUCAAGGCGCCACACCGGCACCGGCAUGCACCAUGGGUCCUACCACAGCUCGCCUCCUUCCCCUCCUGCCCUUCGUCGCCGUGUUCCUCCUCGCCUCCCCCGUGGACGCCGACUCCGCCCUGGACGCGGCCACGCGGUGCGCGGCCACGAUCGUGUCCAUCUCGCCGUGCCUGCCGCACGUGGCGGCCGUGGCGCCACCGCUGGCUAGCUGCCCGCCUGCCCCAACCGACGCCUGCUGCGUCGCCUUCCUCCGCGCUGUAUCCCCGUUGGCAGCGGGAGGCGGAGAGGAGGGCUGCCUGUGCCACCUGCUCCGCAACCCGCUUCUCCUUGGCUUUCCCAUCGACGCCGCCCGCCUCGCCGCGCUCCUCCCUGCCUGCGCUGCGGGAAAUGCCUUCGCCGCCGCCAACGUGGAGGCCGCCACCCUCUUCGCUGACGCCUGCCGUGAUCUAAAGGUGCUGCCGGGAUUGCAUUUCAUGCCGCAAUCAACAACCGGGCCAGAAAUUUCACCAGCUGCUGUCCCUGAAUUGAUGUCCAAGCCAAAGGAGGCGGUUCCACUUCCACCAGCUGGAUCAAUGGUUCGUUCAGGCACUGAGGUCACCAGUUCCCGUGGUAUUCCUACUGCAGCAUUGAUCCUCGCGGCAGCAGGAGCUGUUAUCACAUAGUUCUUGUGAUGUUUAAGUGCCACUUGAUACUCUCGUCGGCCUCGCUCGAUCUUGAUCUGCGUUUGUCGUGCCUAGCUUUGAGCCUUUGACGAUUCAGAUGAUCUGCAUUUGCCAUGCCUAGCACUUUGCGGUCUCCAGUGUUGUACGUGGCAGAGUUGUGUCACUUGACACUUCAAUGGAAUCUAGUGAUCAGCUGAUACCUUCAGUUGUUUCUCAUUCAGAAGCAGGUCAAAGAUCUACUCAGUCUUGAUGAGAUCGAAGUUGAAACCCGCCGAUAUAUCAGGAGUUGUGGUUCAGGGCCAAGAGACAGAUUGUGUGCCCCGGCCCCCGGGACAAGUCGACAACUGCGAACUUGGUUUCAUCAGACGAGUCGUCACUUUCCUAUCAGACAUGCAUAUAUAAGAUAUCGAUUUUUUA